UACUGGAGAUACGUUGCAAUGGUAUCGAGAGCAAGGUGAUCAGGCUUUAGGAGAGGGGACGGACUUGAAAGCAUUGAGGCAUCUACCGACAACAUAUGUUGCCGCCGAAGGAGGGUUGGAGAAGGACUCGGAUUCGGAUAUUGUUGGCUAUGCAACUGAUGAUGAGGACUCGCCUCUUAUUAGGAAGAAAUUUGGGACUUGAGGAAUGUUUAACGACCGUAAAUGAAAAAUUUUGCCUCUGCGACAUGAACUCCGGUGCCCGCGAAAAAGUCUCGAUGAACGUAAACUUGAUCAGUCUGUUUUGUCUUGCAAGAGACGGCGAGGAAUUAUUUCCGUGCACUGCUGAGUUGGUAGCCCGAGAUUGAGAGAGUACUCUACUCCUCCCCCUAAUAUCCCGCUUGCCACAGAUAAGAGGUCACACUCGCCCUAGUAGGAUUCUAGAAACCCAUGGCCUUGAUUUCGAAGAACUAUUUGCAGUCUUUUACUUUGUAAGGCGAUCUUCAUCGAACCAAUUCCGAGCCAUCGUAGUUGGUGC